AUGCCCGACGCCCCUCCCAGCCCCAGAAAGACCGUCUCCUCGGUCUCCGCCAACGCAAGAUCCCAGAAGAAAACCGGAGCGCCCAAGCCGAAAGGCGCCGUCCGCGCUAAGUCGGGCUGCUAUACUUGUCGCAUCCGUAGAAAGAAAUGCGACGAGCAGCCCAACGGCGAGGGUGCAUGCCAGACCUGCGUGCGCCUCCGCCUCCAGUGUCUCGGUUUCGGUGCAAAGCGGCCAGACUGGAUGAGGGAGAACAAUAGCGUUACUGAAUUAAGAGAGAAAAUCAAGUCGUUCCUCGCCUCUCAGGGCAUGAUAAAGGGCCACUCAGGUUCAGGACCCCGGGCGUCGGCAGAAGAGCCUCAGAUGCUCAUCCUUGUCGAGAACCUCCGGGCGUCCCCCUCCAGCCCGCCUACCCCUACUUUGUCUGCAAGCUCAAGCGAUGGUCAUAGACCACACGGGCUUGCAACGUCGUUUGUUCGCGACGGUUCGCACUAUCCUCCCCCUCACAUGCAACACGAGCCGUCCUACAGCGCUGCUCCUGCCACCAGCUGGCAGCCCUCGAUUCCAGAUCUGAGUCACCCAGACUCUACACUGGCGAGGAGCACUAUGCUUCCGAACGUGAACGACAUGCUGUACCAUUCGCAGCAGGCCUCUUCUAUGUUACCCUCGUCUAAUAGUCUAGUGCCCAUUUCCUCGUCGUCCUCCUGGCUGGUAUCGAAUGGCCCGACCUCUUCUGCAUACCCGUCCGCGACUUCAGCAACAUAUCUUGGUGCCGGUGCAACAAGCUCGUUUUCGCCCACUUACAACCUCAGUCUUGCAUAUCCUGAUGAUGAGCAGGAGGUGCCGAGCCCAACAGUGGGCCCGUCUAUCCCGCCACCAGUGAACGGCUACGAUAUGAUGAUACCCAACGAUCAGACCGAGCUUGUUCAUCACUAUUUCAACAACGUCCUGCCCAUCCAAUAUCUUCUUGCAGACGCAUCCAUCAACAAUUUCAUGUAUAGGCUGAUACAAACAAGUCCAUCCGCCCGCGAUGCUGCAUGCGUGCUCUCUGCACUGCACAUGCACAGCAUACGAUAUCCAUCACGGGCCUACUCCAACGACAUGGCGAUCGUCUACCGGCGGAUCGAAAACGCACUGACGGCGAAACGAACAUAUCCCAACGAAGGCGAUGCGAUGGCAGGCCUGCACAUCGUCUCCACAUUCCUGUUCUCCGGCGGGCGCGGGCCGUGGGGCUUCUACCUCGACAUCGCGAGCCAGUACGUGGACACGAUGCUCAACAACCCGCGGUACUACGGGCCCGAGGACGUGCUCAAGAAGUGCAGCGAGAGCACGCGCUUCAUCAUCAAGACGACGAUGUGGUUCGACGUGCUCGCGUCCGUCACGACGCUGCAGGUGCCGCGCUUCCUCGAGACGUACCGCCUGCUCUUCGGCCGCACGGGCGCGUACAUCGAGGACCCGCUCGCGACCGCGCCCGAGAUCUCCAUGCUCCCCGUCAUGGGCUGCGAGAACCAGAUCGUGCUCGCGAUCGCGGAGAUCUCGAACCUCGCGCACUGGAAGGAGAGCCAGCGCCGCCGCGGGUGCCUCAGCGUGCCGCAGCUCGUCGAGCGCGGGCUCGCGAUCGAGGACAAAUACCUCGCGCGCGCGGGCGCGGGCCCCGGCGCGCACGCGCGGCUCGACCCCGCGCUCGCGGGCGGCGACCCGGAGGUCGCGCAGCGGCGGCGCCUGACGAACGACAUCUUCCGCGCGUCCGCGCGCGUGUACCUGCACACGGUGCUCUCGGGCGACUUCCCGUCGUGCCCGGAGAUCGUCGCGGGCGUCGCGGAGACGGUGGAGAGCCUGCGGCGCGUGCCGGUCGCGGACGCGGUCGUGUCGCGGAGCGUGGUGCGGAGCGUGGUGUUCGGGAUCUGCAUCUGCGGGUGCCUGACGGACGACCCGCGGCACCGCGCGUUCCUGCUGCACCUGCUCGAGGCGCAGCAGGGCGACAACGUCGGGAACGUGAGCGAGGUGCGCGCGCUGAUGGAGCAGGUGUGGGCGCGCCGCGAGGGCAACCAGGGCCAGCCCGUCAACUGGCGCGAGGUCAUGCGCGAGUCGCAGCGGGACCUGCUGCUGCUCGUAUAG